GGUCCUGAUAACUUUGUUUUACCGUCUCGCUUGCCAGGGGCUGGGAGGAGGAGGCAGGAGUAGCGGCUGUCACGCCGAAAGUGGUGCGAGCCCUCAGGUCUCCCCUGACGCCCCUUCCUCACACCGAGAACAGAACGACUCUUAAUAAAAAUGGAAUUUACCAGUUUGAACAGGCUUCAAAAUGUAAGGCAAUUCAGGACAACAUUUUGUCACCAUCUAUCAAGAAAAAAAGAUACUCAGAAGAUUAUUAUCUUCACAUAGUCACAAAACUGCAGAACUGCACCUGGAUAAGGAAACCAGAAGAAUCUACAAAAUUCAGGUCAGAAUUAGCUUCCUGCUGUGAUGCAGUUCACAAUUUUAUUGCUUCUCAAAACAACAGCCCACUGGGAAGUAACAUGAGUUACGAAGUGGACAGUAAAAAGACUAUCCUCAUUACAGAGGACAUUUUUAAGAUGCUGCCUGUGUCCUCUCCUCUUUCAGUCUAUCCCUUCAAGAACUGUGCUGUGGUUGGAAAUGGAGGCAUUCUGAAAAAUUCCAGCUGUGGAGCUGAAAUCGAUAGCUCUGACUUUGUUUUCAGGUGUAACCUCCCUCCAACCACAGGAAACAUUAGCAAAGAUGUUGGCAAUAAAACAAACCUUGUGACUGUUAAUCCGAGUAUCAUAGCUCAGAAAUACAACAAGCUAAAUGAAAAGAAGACAGAAUUUCUGGAAAACAUUGCGGCCUAUGGAGAUGCUUUUCUUUUACUGCCAGCAUUUUCCUUCAGAAGCAACACAGCCACUUCUUUUAAAGUAUACCACACUCUGAAAGAGUUCAAAGCAACCCAAAGGGCAAUAUUUUUUCACCCCUCUUAUCUGAAAAGUCUUGCCCAGUUCUGGAGAACUAAAGGUGUGAAAGCCUACCGGUUGUCAUCUGGUUUUAUGAUCACUAGUGCUGCUCUUGAGCUGUGUGAGAAUGUGAAGCUCUAUGGUUUCUGGCCUUUCUCAAAAUCCAUAGAGAAGAUGCCAAUCAGCCACCACUAUUAUGACAACCAGCUGCCUAAACCGGGUUUCCAUGCAAUGCCCAAAGAAUACAACCAGAUCCUUCAGCUUCAUGGCAAAGGCAUUUUGAAGUUGCAGUUUGGUAAAUGUGAAUCAGACUAAAAAGGGUGAUGAUCCUAAGGAGGCAAUUUGUGUGUAUCUCAGCAGUUCGGUGUUGGAUUUGCUCUGAUGUGAUUUUGUGAGCAUUAAACUGCAUUAUUACAAUAGAGAAAUAUUUUACACUUGGGGGGAAAAGGGAGUGAUUUUUUCACACAGUGACUGAUACAUUUAAAAAUUUUGAGUAAUCAUUUUUUAAAAUACAAAGUAACAAUAAUUUGGAAAAUUCUGAAACUCCUUACUGCUGGUUUAAUGGUAGCAAAGCACAAUCUCAGGAUGGUGGCAAUACGUGACAUUCAUCAUGUUUUGCUUCUUAGAGGAUCAUUAAAAUAUUUUGACAUAA